UUAUAAAUAAACACUGCAGCCAUACGAUCAAUAAAACUAUUAUUGACAGUAUUGUGAAUGUCCAUUAGACCCAACACAACAUUGAAUUAAAACCGGUAUAUAGAAACUGUCAAUAUUAUUUAUGUGGUUGGGGUGGAUACGUGAGGGUUUUCGAAUGACUUUGCAUAUUUUUGUUCCGGUUGUACGAGCAGGAAUUAGAUUUAUUUUGAGAUCCCCUCUUAAACUUAUUGGAACACCGGCGUAUCUAACAGGUUUGCUGACUUCUACAAAUAACAAGUUUAUUUGUACACAUCCAAGAGCUAUGGAACUAAAAGGAAGAAUAGUUGUUUAUUCUAUUAUGGGGUGUCCUCAUUGUAUGAGAGCUAAAAGCACCUUACAAGAAAACGCCCUCCCUUACACUGACAUAAGUUUGGAUUUAUUUCCUCAAUGUAGAGCUGAAUUUCAGGCAAAAACUGGUAAAAAGACAGUUCCACAGAUUUUUUUUAACAACUGGCACGUUGGAGGAAAUGAUGAUCUACAAAAAUUGGUCAGUAAUAAAGAUGAAUUUGCGAGGGCUGUUGCAGAAAUUCGAGAUAAUGAACCACAGAGUGAUGCACCGAUUCCACCAGAUCCAAGCACAGCAGAAAAAUCUUUUGAUGCUGGAGAUAUAGUAUGUGAUCCAGAUGAAUAUGCCAAGAUUGUUCAAGAUUUAAAAGCAAGUGGACUGAUUAAAGACCAUCGUCAAGGAAUCAAAACUCAUAAAAACUCUUUCUGUGGAAAAGAAUUUGUGGACUGGGUGGUAAAAACUAAAGGAUUAGAUCGCAGUGGUGCUAUUGAGAUGGGACAAGAAUUGAUUAACAAACACUUUGGUAAUAAUGUGAAAAAUGAAGAAACAUUUCGAGAUGAUAAUGUAUAUUACCGUUUAUUAGAUGAUACUGAUGAUAAUGCGUUAAAUAGUGGUGCCAUGUCUGAAUGUAAACCUAGACCAGCUAGUGAUCUUGGUGCUGAUCUCAGGAAAUUGAUUCUUAAACUUUAUGGCGCAUUCCUCUCAAAAGAUGGUAAGCAAGUAGAUUAUAAAGGUAUUGCAGGUAGUGAUGAGUUUAAGCUCUAUAUUAAACUAACUAAAGAACUACAAAGAGUACAGAUAGUAGAUGCUACAAGAGAAGAAAAAUUGGCUUUCUUUAUCAAUGUCUAUAAUGCUUUAGUUGUUCAUGCAAACGUAGUUCGUGGUCCACCAGCAAAUCUAUGGCAAAGAUAUAAGUUUUUUAACACAGUUCGUUAUAUUAUUGGUGGUCAUUUGUAUUCUUUACAAGAUAUAGAAAAUGGUGUUUUACGAGGUAACAGAAAAGGUGUAGGUCAGUUUAGUAGACCGUUUGGUAAGACAGAUCCUAGACUGAAAGUAGCAUUAGAAAGACAUGAACCAUUGAUUCAUUUUGGUCUUGUUUGUGGUGCCAAGAGUUGUCCACCCAUCAAAACGUACACUUCAGAUAAAGUUAUAGAACAAUUAGGUAUGGCAGCUGAAGCUUUUAUAGAAGGAUCUGAUGGUUGUGUUGUUGAUGUAGCCAAAAAAACUGUCCAUCUAUCACAAAUAUUUAAAUGGUAUUCUGUAGAUUUUGGCAAGAAUAACGAAGAGACUGUUCAAUGGGUACAUGGUCGAAUGGCAGAAGGAGAACAGAAAAAUCAACUGACGGAACUAAUGGCUGGAAAGUUCAAGGUUAACUUCAUGAAUUAUGACUGGUCUGUCAACUCAAAGUGAGAUUCUUAACCAAGUGUAGACGUUUUGGGGGUUUAUAGUAUACAUUGUUUUUUUGACAAAACUGAUAUUGUUCAUUUGAAUUUGUAAGCUUAUAAAUAUAUUAAUGUAUAAAAGUAAUGAUAUAAUUUUAUGUGAUAAAACAUGUGAAAAUGGAAAUACAGAUUUAGAUUAUUUAACACUGUAAUCAAUCUUGUUUAAUUAAGAUACUGUGAAAUGUUAUAAUAAUAAUAAUAUUUUUCCUUUCUAAAUGGCUUCAAAAUAAGAACAAAAUGAUUUUGACUG